AUGCCUGCGGUGACCAGACCGGUCCUUCCACCUCUCCAAACACCCAAGACCGCCUCCUUUCCCUCCGAGAUCAUCAACACUCCAGUCUCAUGUGUGUCGGCGGUGAUCAAAGAAGAAAAUCUAGGGACACCCAUUACGCCUCCAGUGGCCUACACUGAGUUCCUCAAAGCCUUGACUCCUGUCUUGGCCAGUCCUCCUGAGACCGGAGCGCUCCAAAGGUCCAUGUCGGACGAAUCUACGACCACUAGAGAUUCCAUCACUUCCCUUGUCUCUGCAACCUCAUCAACGGAUUUCUCUACCAAGAGUGACAGCUACAAAUCUCCAACCAGCUCCAUUCCACCUACGCCGUUUACACGCAAAAAUCCUACCGCAUUGCGACGGCUUCGAAUCCCGCACUCUCCCGCCUUUUCUCCCAGUACAUGCGGACCCUCACCACGUACCGCCAUCAGCGCAAUGAGCACGGGCAGUAUGCUGUAUUCUCCGUUCUCUCCAGCCGACUGGAACCUCGACAGUGCCACUCGGCGGUAUUUCGACCCUCCGAGAAGUGCUUGUCCCAAGCCGGUGAGUGUUCGAUCUGUGGUGAAGAGAACGGUUACGUACAGGAGAUCCCCGCCACUGGACCCUCCCCCGAAGGGCAAGAAACGCAAAAUCGAAGACUCGGUAAUGCCUCCUCCCUCGGCCACGAAAGAUCCAGGUACCGUCUCAGUGGCCAACCUCCCCUCGACCCUGACAGAACCGUCCUCGACAGUCGCUGGUUCACCUUCGGAGUUGCCUGUCACUUCUUCAACGGCUGCUCCGGCUCCUCCAACAGCUGUUGUAUGA